ACCUGCUGCACGCCUAGGCCACGCCCCGCGCACACUUGGGCCUCCGAUUGGACAGCCCUGUGGGUGUGGCCGGAAGAGGCGAGUCUGAGUUGCAGCGGCGUGGCUGGCGAUGUACCGCGAACAUGGCGGAGCGCGGGAGGAAGCGGCCUUGCGGCCCGGGUGAACACGGACAAAGGGUUGAGUGGCGAAAAUGGAAACAACAGAAGAAAGAGGAGAAAAAGAAGUGGAAGAACCUCAAAAUGACCAAAAAACUGGAGCGGCAACGGGCACAGGAGGAGCAGGCCAAGCGCCAGAAGGAGGAGGAGGCAGCAGCUGCCCAGAGGGAGGACCUGGGACGGCCCUACACCCUGAGCGUGGCCCUGCCGGGCUCCAUCCUGGACAAUGCCCAGUCGCCUGAGCUCCGCACCUACCUGGCUGGACAGAUCGCCAGAGCCUGUGCCAUCUUCUGUGUGGAUGAGAUUGUGGUGUUCGAUGAAGAAGGCCAGGAAGCCAAGUCUGUGGAGGGCGAAUUCAGGGGAGUCGGCAAGAAAGGACAGGCAUGUGUGCAGCUGGCCCGUGUCCUGCAGUAUCUGGAGUGUCCACAGUACCUGCGAAAGGCCUUCUUCCCCAAGCACCAGGACCUCCAGUUUGCAGGCCUCCUGAACCCCCUGGACAGCCCGCACCACAUGCGUCAGGAGGAGGAGUGCGAGUUCCGAGAGGGUGUUGUGGUGGACCGGCCUACUCGGCCAGGCCAUGGCUCCUUCGUCAACUGUGGCAUGAAGAAGGAGGUGAAGAUAGAUAAGAACCUGGAGCCUGGACUUCGGGUGACCGUGAGACUGAAGCAGCAGCAGCUCCCAGAGUCCAAGACCUACCGGGGCACGGUUGUAUCGUCGAAGGAGCCUCGAACCAGAGCCGGGCUUUACUGGGGCUACACUGUCCGGCUGGCCUCCUGCCUCAGUGCUGUGUUUGCUGAGGCCCCCUUCCAGGACGGGUACGACCUGACCAUUGGGACGUCAGAACGUGGCUCGGAUGUGGCCUCCGCCCAGCUGCCCGGCUUUCGGCAUGCGCUGGUGGUGUUCGGGGGCCUCCAAGGGCUGGAAGCCGGUGUGGAUGCGGACCCCAACCUGGAGGUGUCCGAGCCCAGCGUCCUCUUCGACCUGUACAUCAACACGUGCCCAGGCCAGGGCAGCCGCACCAUCCGCACAGAGGAAGCCAUCCUCAUCUCCCUGGCUGCCCUGCAGCCCAGCCUCACCCAGGCAGGCACCCAGCCCACCUGAAGGUUCUGUCAGGACCAGGACACAGGCAGAGCAGGAGUGGAGCCAGGCGGGUUCCUGCGGGUCACCUGGGACAGACAGUCAAGACUUGGCUCCAAAAAUGACCACCUUUAAUCCGCCACGGCCCCCACCCCGCCCACAGUCCUGGCCUGCGCCUCACUUGCUGCUGGCAGUGAUGGCCUUGACGUUGCCCGCCCGUGCCAGGAUGUUGGGCACAAAGAGCAGCCCUGAGGCCCGCUCAAUGCUCUCGAUGGGCACCAGGAAGCGCUCCAGCGGGAUCGCCUCGUCCACAGGCGCAUUGGGCAUCACAUAGGAGCGGAGCUCAAUCUGCCCCCCCGCUGCCUCCAGGAUCAGCACCUUGAAGAAGUGUGUGGGCACCGCCACGUGGUUCUUGCCGAUGACCUGGUACUUCACGUAGAACUUCCCAUCGGCCUCUGUCC